AUGCCAUUUAAAAUUUAUUACAAAAUAAGAAAUAAGCAUUAUUUUAAGAGUUUCAAAGGAAAUAAGAAUGAAAAAUUUAAGUUAUAAAGUUAGAAAAUCCUUGUAUUAGCAUUCAACCUUUUAAUUAAGAAGAAUGGUCGAGUUAGUAAAGAAUACCAAUAUUUGAUUCCUUCAAUUGGUAAAGGAUAAUAUUCUGAAAUACGCAAAGUAAUAAUAAAUAGAUUAAUUAGAAAUUCAAUGAACUAAAUCUAAUUAAUUUUAAAAAAUUAUUACAUAUUAUAGUAUGAAUUAUUAAUUGAGAAAUAAAAUAGUAAAAUAGUGGUUUAAAUUCUAUUGCAACUUGUUUGGGAUUAGAAAAUUGAUUAGUAAUAUGAGACACCCAAGGAGUUAUGUAUAUUUUUAGAUGCGUUCAAUUCUGCUAGACUUUUAAAUAGGCUGGUUUUGGUAAAAUUUUUGAAUCCAUUUGAAGGUUAAAUGGAAUAAUUAAGGUUGAAAUAUAUUAAUUAGUUUGAUAGAUAAUUAAUAAAAACAUAAGAGAAGACAUUUGAAAGAGUAGUUAAAUUUGAAUUAUUUGAAGUAAUUGAUGUAUAAUACAAAAAUGAGAAUGCUUCUAAGGAAUGCCUGCUACAUUGUUGUUAGUAAUAUGGUAGAAUCAUGCAAGAGUAGAGAAACAUAGGAAAUUCUUGUCUAAGUCUCAAAAAAAAAACUAUGAUGAAAUCCAUUCUGAAAGAGUUCUUGAAAAUCUUUGUAACCGCUAUCAAUAAGAGGAUUUCAUAGCUUGUUGAAUAAUACGAGGAUAAAAGACCUUUAUCGAAAAUUUCUAGAAUCAAGGAAGGAAUUUAUGGGCUAAGAAUCUUAAUUCAGAAGUAUAUUAUAAAAGUUGUACAAUAUUAAGUGAUAAAUCUAAUAUUAAAAAUAUCUUUUUAAACAUAUAGUAAUGUUGCAUCAUUUAUGGAGAUNAUAUCGUUACUCUUGGAUGACAACAAUGAAUUAAUCUUUCUGGAGCUAUCUUGGUAUGAUGACAGUUGUAAAAUAUUAAAUUGUUUAUAAAUACUAAUUGAAAAUGUAAUAUUUUUGUGAUUUACUUAGCUCUCAAUAGUUUUAAGAAGUUCAAUAAGUGUUGAGGGGAUUGACAGUCAGUUAAAAAGGUGACAAGUAAAAAAUUAGAGGUUACUUAGAUGGUGAUUUGUAAUUAAAGCUGGAUUUAUCUUGAAUAUUGAAACUCUAAGAGAUAAAGUUAUUGGAUUUAUCAAUAAAGUGAAGGAAUUAUUUAAAUUAAAAUAAUGUAUUUUAAAUUAAUUUGUUAAUUUUCUUUCAACUCAAGUUACUAUACUAAAUCACUAACUAUUAACGAAAUGUUAAUGCCAUUUAAAAUUUAUUACAAAAUAAGAAAUAAGCAUUAUUUUAAGAGUUUCAAAGGAAAUAAGAAUGAAAAAUUUAAGUUAUAAAGUUAGAAAAUCCUUGUAUUAGCAUUCAACCUUUUAAUUAAGAAGAAUGGUCGAGUUAGUAAAGAAUACCAAUAUUUGAUUCCUUCAAUUGGUAAAGGAUAAUAUUCUGAAAUACGCAAAGUAAUAAUAAAUAGAUUAAUUAGAAAUUCAAUGAACUAAAUCUAAUUAAUUUUAAAAAAUUAUUACAUAUUAUAGUAUGAAUUAUUAAUUGAGAAAUAAAAUAGUAAAAUAGUGGUUUAAAUUCUAUUGCAACUUGUUUGGGAUUAGAAAAUUGAUUAGUAAUAUGAGACACCCAAGGAGUUAUGUAUAUUUUUAGAUGCGUUCAAUUCUGCUAGACUUUUAAAUAGGCUGGUUUUGGUAAAAUUUUUGAAUCCAUUUGAAGGUUAAAUGGAAUAAUUAAGGUUGAAAUAUAUUAAUUAGUUUGAUAGAUAAUUAAUAAAAACAUAAGAGAAGACAUUUGAAAGAGUAGUUAAAUUUGAAUUAUUUGAAGUAAUUGAUGUAUAAUACAAAAAUGAGAAUGCUUCUAAGGAAUGCCUGCUACAUUGUUGUUAGUAAUAUGGUAGAAUCAUGCAAGAGUAGAGAAACAUAGGAAAUUCUUGUCUAAGUCUCAAAAAAAAAACUAUGAUGAAAUCCAUUCUGAAAGAGUUCUUGAAAAUCUUUGUAACCGCUAUCAAUAAGAGGAUUUCAUAGCUUGUUGAAUAAUACGAGGAUAAAAGACCUUUAUCGAAAAUUUCUAGAAUCAAGGAAGGAAUUUAUGGGCUAAGAAUCUUAAUUCAGAAGUAUAUUAUAAAAGUUGUACAAUAUUAAGUGAUAAAUCUAAUAUUAAAAAUAUCUUUUUAAACAUAUAGUAAUGUUGCAUCAUUUAUGGAGAUACACAUUUAAUACUAGCAAGGCCCUUUCUUUGGAAUAGUUGACAAGAUGGGGAUUACAUAAUACCUAAGUUGUUAGAAAUGCCAGUACUCCAGAAUUGUAUGAA